CAUUCAUUGAUCUUUCUAUAUAUACAUAUCACAUUACCUAUUCUUUUCAUCAUCAACCAACAAACAAGAAAUAUAUCCAAUAAAUUUCAUCUUUCAUACAUCUCCAGAAGCUUCAUAAGAAUUCAAACUUUCACUCCAAAAUAACACAAAAUGGCUUUCGUGAGAAAUCUAUUGGGUGCAAAGAAGAUUCUUGGCCGCUCCCUCUCAGUAGCAACAAGCAAAAGUGCAACCUCGGCGGCACCAAAGGGGUUUCUUGCUGUGUACGUAGGAGAGGGUCAGAAGAAGAGAUAUGUGGUGCCAGUCUCAUACUUGAGCCAGCCUUCAUUUCAAGCUCUUCUCAGCAAAUCCGAAGAAGAGUUUGGGUUUGAUCAUCCAAUGGGUGGCUUAACGAUCCCCUGUCCUGAAGAUAUCUUCAUCAAUGUGACUUCCCGGCUUCGGUGAUGAUUAUCCAACAUAUUGUUAUUCGAGAAAGAGAUAGACUUGUUCUUUGUAAAUAGAGGACAAACGUUUUUUUCUCUCAUCUUGAAAGAGUUGUUCUAAAUUUUUUGAAAGUAAAUACCAUUUUUCAGUUAUAGGCACAAUCA